AUGGCUCUCUCGACGGCCUUUCAUCUCCCGUCCAGAGACCUAGCCAACGACUUCAACAAUCUACUGCGGACGCACCACGCCGCGCCUACAUCGGGCAAAGCUGCUCUGGAUGUUGACGUCCUCGAAGGCUUCGUCAGGGAGGCGUAUCGCAUAAACUCGCACAUCGCGAGCUUGCACAAGGAACUCAAGGAUGUCCGUCGGGCAUACCUUUCGACAGCUCAGCCCCGGAGGGCGCCAGGCCGCGCGGGUCAUGGCCCGCCGCAGGUUUUGACAGAUGGCGAGCGGGAAGACGUCGACGUCAAUGCGAAGCAAAUGAUCAGAGAACUCAACGCCAGCAUACGCGGCCUGGAAGAAGCCGAGCAGCUGCGGCGAGAGACGGAAUCAGCCCUCAUUCGGAAAAAGUACGCGAGCGCCUUGAGUGCCCUGGGUUCCUGGGCGUCGGGUGGCAGCAUCACAAGCAGGUCGCCAGAGCACGACGCGGCGGAGGCGCAUGCUCAGCAAACAGAUAUGCACCGCGAUGGCAUAUUGUGGUUCCUGCGACAGAGGUUGGAGCUGUGCUGUCGCACGCAGCAAGACAUGAUGGAGACGAGGUUGAGGAGAGAAGUGGAAAAGUCGCGCGGCAUGCUGGCUCCUCCGGCUGGUGAUUUCACGCCCUUUCCGCCAGUGUCAAAAGACGCAUUCAUGGCAGCCGCCGUCUCCGAAGACGCAGCCCUGACGGGCGACGCGCCGAGCAAGGCGUCUACAUUCAGUCAAGGCUUGACCGAGCAGCAGUUGCAGAUGUUUGAGGAGGGCAACCAGGACAUGAUGCAGCAUUACGAAAGCACGUUGGACAAGGUCAGAACUGCCGAAAAGUCGCUGGUGGAAAUUUCCGAACUCCAAUCGCUCCUCGUCAACAACCUAGAGAUGCAAUCCGAGCACAUUGAGCAGCUUGUGACCAACUCCUUAUCAACCGCAGAUAACAUUGGCGGAGGCAACAAGCAGCUGGAGAAGGCUACGAAACGGCCGAGCACUGCGCGCUACACCUUUUUCGCGGCCAGCGGGUUGUGUGCCUUUUUGGUGUUGUGGGAUUUAAUCAUAUAA